AUGGCGCUCAAAUCCGGUGUAUCCGCUUGCCUCAUCCUUGCAUUGUGCGUGAGCUGCGAGAACCUCGGCAAGGAGACUGAGAAAAGCCGAGCGCCUUUCCUCCCCAGGUCCGAGAACCUUGGCAAGGAGACUGAGAAGAGUGGAGGAUUCUGGUUCCCUCGGUCCGAGAACCUCGGCAAGGAGACUGAGAAGAGCGGAGUGCCCUUCCUCCCUCGGUCCGAGAACCUUGGCAAGGAGACUGAGAAGAGUGGAGGAUUCUGGUUCCCUCGGUCCGAGAACCUCGGCAAGGAGACUGAGAAAAGCCGAGCGCCUUUCCUCCCCAGGUCCGAGAACCUUGGCAAGGAGACUGAGAAGAGUGGAGGAUUCUGGUUCCCUCGGUCCGAGAACCUCGGCAAGGAGACUGAGAAGAGCGGAGUGCCCUUCUGGCCUCGGUCCGAGAACCUCGGCAAGGAGACUGAGAAGAGCGGAGUGCCCUUCCUCCCUCGGUCCGAGAACAUUGGCAAGGAGACUGAGAAGAGUGGAGGAUUCUGGUUCCCUCGGUCCGAGAACCUCGGCAAGGAGACUGAGAAAAGCGGAGCGCCUUUCCUCCCUCGGUCCGAGAACCCUGGCAAGGAGACUGAGAAGAGUGGAGUGCCCUUCCUCCCUCGGUCCGAGAACCUUGGCAAGGAGACUGAGAAGAGUGGAGGAUUCUGGCGAGCUGAGCUGCGCUCGCUCUUCCGAGCUGCCGUGGUGGACGUGACGCCCAAGGGAGGCAGUGGCUUCUUGAGAGCCCGGACCACCAGCAAGGUCUCACAUGUCCAAAGUUACAUUGAGGUUUGUUCUGGUGCUGGUUUUUCUGGCCUGGGGUUCAAGCAUGCCGGUUUUCACCCAAAAUGUGCUGUUGAGUUGCAACCAAAAUUGGCAGAGCUUCACCGCAGCAUUCACCCAGGGAUCCCAGUCAUCAAUGCAGACAUCACGGAUGAUCGAACGGCAGCCUUGAUUCACCAGGUGUGCCCCGAGCCCACUACGCUCAUGGCUGGAAUAGCCUGCCAGCCUUACAGCCCAGCUGGAAAGCAAGAUGGAGGCAGUGAUGUUCGAGCAGCCACACUCCCUGCAACACUGAGGUUGGCAAUUUUUUUGCAGUCUCCCACCCUGGUGUUAGAAUGCGUAGCGGCAGCAAGGUCAAAUGAAUACGUGCUUGCACACAUCCGUGAGUUGGAGUCUCAAAUGGGCUUUCAUGUUGUGGACUGUUGCGUGAAGUUGGAAGAGGUUUGGUCUGGUAUGAGGUACCGAUGGUGGUUGAUUGCCACACACCGCAGACUUGGCCGUGUCCUUGUCCCUUCCUUCCCAAAAGGGUCACCGUUGGUUGUACGGGAUCUUAUGCCUUACACCAAAAGAUGGAGUGAUGAAGAUGAAGCCCAACUUGCCUUGACCCAACAAGAAAUCGAAAGGUUCCAACUUGGGGGUGAACCCUUGCGGAAAUAUGUCGUCCAACCGGACCAAAAGCUGCCAACAGCCUUGCAUAGUUGGGGAGGACAGACUCAGGCAUGCGCUUGUGAAUGCCGGCCACAGGGUUUUGCUGACCUCACCCUGCAAUCACGUGGACUUUUUGCUCAGCUGCUUCAGAUCCCUGGGUUAAGCAAUCAGAUCAAGUACCGUCACAUGCAUGCCUGUGAAGUUGCCAUUCAUAAUGGGGUCCCACCACUUCAACAAUGGAGCAGUGAUGCCAGACUGAAUCUGUGCGCAGUUGGGCAAUUGGCCAGUCCGUUUCAUGCAACAUGGGUAGCAACAGCGAUCCUCGCCCAUGUUCAAAAGCUUUUUGGACAUGGCGCCCCAUUGGAACCACUCCGGUCACUGAGCAGUUUAAAACAUGUGGUUUUGCAGCAGAGCAAGGAACUUUUCCCUGCUAUCCCACGUGCUGUGCAGUUGCCAACGGAGGAACCCAGUGCACCACUUGGUUUUGCAUCGCCAAGUGGAAAACCUCAGGUUGAAGUCUCUGACAAUGUCGGAGCCACAGUGACAAUCAUGCACCAGCCUGAUAGCACAGUUCGACACUUGCUGGAAGCCGAAUGUGACUUGAUGCAUGUGCCUUUGUAUGAAGUCCAGGUGUGUACUAUGGAUGGUGUUGCUUUGCCAGCUGAUGCCCGCCUUUGUGAACACAAAGCCAUCCUGUUGAAAAAGCAUGGAUUCGAACCCCCGACAUGUGCCCAGCCUGACCCGGAAGUGCCUUUCAUGCCUGAAGACAUGGUCCCAUACCAACCUGAAGAUGUGGUUGCCAUGAAUGCACCUGCAGGUGAUGUUGCCACACAAGUUGAUUCCGAUGUUGACAUGUCAUGCCAUGACCAUGUUGCCCCUAUGCCCAUUGAACAUGUCAGUGUGCCCACCACCGUGCCGCCUACUGUUCUCAGUGAUGAAUCAGUACAGGCACUGCUGCAGUUGUCCACAAGUGGUUUGCUGGCCAUGGUACCUCCACUAGCGCCUGAUGUCAAGCUGUGUGCCACCCUGAGGUCCCAACGAGUCUCUUGGACUUUCCGAGACCAAUUGUUGACCAACCAGGCGCAUGUUUGGGCGGAUGAUGAAUUACUGUGGCACAUCCAGCUCAACUACUCAGCUUUGCCCCGAAAUGAUGAGGAACUGAACGAGCUUAGCACUCAACUUCGAGCCCAGUUUCGAGUCUCCCACAUGUCUGCAGUCAGUGUCCGUCGGCCGUGGUGUUGGGGAGCUGGAAGUGAGGAGUUGCCUACACUCCUUGCCACGCUCCUGCAGUUUCAUGGUGUGCCUCAGACACUGUCCAAGCAACGUGCCAAACUCGUCAUGCAGAGCCUUGGAAAAGACCAAGUCAGAACAGCACUUGAAGGAGUUUCUCCGUGGAAAAGCCUCAAGCAACUUGCCAACCAGCACAAGCCGGUCAUUCAGUUGGUCAUGCCGGAUGAACUUGCCAUGGUUGUCCAAGACCGCAAGAAGAAGCCAGCCACCAAAGACAAGCAGUCUCGCCCGAGACAAGUGCCAGCCAAGCCAGUUGACCUUGAUCCAAGCAGGUUGCAACUUGAGCCGGAUACGUUCUGUACAACACCUGAUGUCAUGAUGAUGCAGAUCCCACUGACACAAGUUGGACCUCUUGCCACCGGUGUUGCAUUGGUGACCCAUGCCGAAGCCAUGCCUUUCCUACAGGCAAACCAAGUGCUGACAGCUAAGGGACUUGCACUGCUCAUUGUCAAUGGCCCAGGUGACAUCCGCACAGACCUGCAAUGGAGCUCAAUCCGGUUUGCCGCCAGAUGCGCAGUCAACCAACAACCAGUGUUGCUGCAUGGGAUUUUGGUCCAGCUAGGUGGCACUUUAGUGAGCCCCUACAGCCGUCCAGUCAAUGUCUCUGUCCCUGAUGUUCCGGUCACCUGUGCACGUGUCACGAUUUUCCAAGACCAAUGGCAGCAAGAUUGGGAAACCUUUGCGGCCCACCCAGUCAAAGAAGCACUGCAGCAUAUCAUGCCCCUCCAAACAUGCCAUGCCGACAACUGUUCAUGUGACAAAUGGCACAAGGACCCCAUGGACCAUGCUCAGGAUGUUGUUCUUGAUGUUUUCAAGCGACAGUUUUUCUCUGAUAGUGGUCGCCCUGUCCGAGCUCACCAAGCCAGCCACUUCAGUUUUCAGGUCAGGUACUUGAAACAGCAGGAACCAGCAGUGUUGAAAUGCAGUGGGGUUGCAGGUUUGUACAUAGAGCCACGCAUGCCAGACUCAUCCGCACCAUCGGAUGAAUUCCAAGUUGUUUGGAUGCCCCAGGUUGGACUCAAAGAAGCUCAGCACACCAUGCAGUGCGAACCGUUGAGCACUGGACUUGCACGUUCUGGUCGGAGGUAUGGGAUCAGAGUUCAGGCCAAGCAUUUUCAGGCAGUUUACGCAAAACUGAAGCCCAACAGCCAGUUCCUUGCACCAGGUGAGAGGCUCAACUGGCACUGUGGCCCAUGGCCUUUUGGGAGUGACCGUCGAAUGCUGGCCAAGGUGUUCGCAGAAAUGCAAUGGCAAGCCAGGCCUUUACAGCCGGCCAUGACUGUUGAAGGUGGGAUCAUGUGGCUUGUUCAAUCGGUGACAGAACCACCAAAAGCUGUUUGGACGUUGCAGCAUGGCCCAGUUGUUGUGUCACGAUGUGAAUCCAUGUCUGCCAACAUGCUCCAGUCCAGUCAUGUCAUUGGUCCCAAAUCCACCGUCGAGCUUUGCAGCACUCAUGCCGACACUGACCCCUGGCUCACCCAUGAUCCAUGGCAAGGAGCUCUGAAGCAUGUGCCGCUCCAGCAGGCAACUCCGGUCGUGACCCAGAUACAGGAAAUGGAGGAGCGAUUGGAAAAGUCAAUUCUUGCCAAGUUGCCUUGUGAACGCAUGGAAACUGACGAAGACGAAAGCCGUGUGCAGCAACUCGAGCUUCAGCUCCAGCAGUUGGCCAAUCGCCAACAAACCUUAGAGGGCCUUGUCAAUGAACACCACCACCAGCACACCGCCCAAGUUCAGACCAAACCAUCGCCUGUGGUGAGCCAUCCCUUUGUCAUGCCAAAAGUUUUUGCAAAGUUUUGGGUCCUCAUGCUGUGCUUUUUCGGGCUCUCCUGUCGCAUUGGA